AGCAUCAUGGAAGGUUACACUGAUAAAGUCAUUUCUCCAUUAUCUCACUUUUCACCAUUGAAACAAGAAGAAGAUCAGCUUCCUUCUUCAACAGCCGCCGCCAUUGUUGGUGGGGCAAAGGAUUCGACCCAGAGUUUGAAGAAGGAAAGAGAUAGGAGAUUUAAGAUGGCUGAGAGUUAUGAUAUUCUUCUUUCCAUGGUCCCUAAUCUCUACCCUAAGGCCACAAGAGAGAACAUUGUAAGUGAAACGAUUGCAUACAUCCAAUCACUCGAAAAAGAGAUAACAAACUUGGAAAAUCAGCUCAACAACUCAUCAUAUGGUGAAUCAAAGGGAAUCAAACAUGAAUUAUCAUCGAUAUCCGGACUCGAAUUCGUCGAUUGA